AUGAAUGACAAGAGGAACAUUCCAAUGGGAGAAGACAGACAAAAUGACCAGCCAACCGAAGGGCAGGUGGCAGGAUCAGACAUGAUUUAUACCAUCGAAGAUGUGCCUCCUUGGUACCUAUGUAUCCUGCUGGGACUACAGCAUUACCUGACGUGUUUCAGCGGCACUGUGGCCGUACCUUUUCUUCUGGCCGAGGCCAUGUGCGUUGGCCGAGACCAAACCACAGUCAGCCAGCUCAUAGGGACCAUCUUCACCACCGUGGGUCUGACCACUCUCAUCCAGACCACCGUGGGAGUCAGGCUUCCUCUCUUUCAGGCAAGCGCAUUUGCUUUUUUGAUUCCUGCUCAGGCGAUUCUCAGUCUGGAUCGAUGGAAAUGUCCCCCUGAUGCUGAGAUUUAUGGCAACUGGAGUGUUCCGCUGAACACGGCGCACAUCUGGCAGCCUCGCAUGAGGGAGAUACAGGGAGCUAUCCUGGUGUCCAGCGUGGUGGAGGUCGUCAUCGGUGUGUGUGGAUUACCGGGCCUGCUGCUGGAGUACAUCGGUCCGCUGACCAUCACCCCGACCGUCUCGCUGAUCGGACUGUCUGUGUUCACCACUGCUGGAGAGAGAGCCGGGUCCCACUGGGGUCUGUCAGCACUGUGUAUUCUGCUGAUUGUGUUGUUUGCUCAGUAUUUGAGGACAACAUCCCUUCGAAUUCCGUUCUACAGCAGGGGAAAAGGCCUGACGUUCACCAGGGUCCAAGUCUUCAAGAUGUUUCCAAUCAUCCUCGCCAUCAUGCUGGUCUGGCUGGUUUCUUACAUCCUCACUCUGACUGACAUGCUGCCCAGUGACCCCCACCGAUAUGGACACAAAGGGCGCACGGACGCCCGCGGAGAUAUCAUCACCUCAGCGCCCUGGUUCAGGGUUCCCUACCCCUGUCAGUGGGGGUUGCCGGUGGUGACGGUUGCCGGGGUGAUGGGGAUGCUGAGCGCCACGCUCGCUGGCAUCGUGGAGUCGAUUGGAGAUUAUUAUGCCUGUGCUCGUCUCUCUGGAGCCUCGCCACCACCAGUCCACGCCAUCAACAGGGGGAUAUUCACAGAGGGUGUCUGCUGCAUCAUAGCCGGUCUUUUAGGGACAGGGAAUGGCUCCACUUCCUCCAGUCCAAAUAUUGGAGUCCUGGGCAUUACCAAGGUGGGCAGCAGGCGGGUGGUGCAGUACGGAGCCGCCAUCAUGUUCCUAUUAGGAUCCAUCGGGAAGUUCACAGCUCUGUUUGCAUCAAUCCCAGACCCCAUCCUGGGAGGGAUGUUCUGCACUCUGUUUGGUAUGAUCACUGCUGUGGGUCUGUCCAACCUGCAGUUGGUUGAUUUGAACUCUUCCAGAAAUCUUUUCGUUCUUGGCUUCUCGAUGUUCUUUGGUCUGACAUUGCCGACGUUCCUGGACACACACCCUGGCUCCAUAAAGACAGGAGUGGCAGAGUUGGAUCAGAUCCUGACGGUUCUUCUGUCCACUGAAAUGUUUGUUGGAGGUUUUCUGGCUUUUUGCCUCGAUAACACCAUACCAGGCACAAGACGGGAGCGAGGCCUGAUUGAUUGGAGCUCUGCAUCCUCUGCUUCCUCAUCCUCCUCCUCCUCUCCUUCCUCCUAUGACUUUCCUAUUGGCAUGGGUGUGAUCCGAAGGACCUCCUGGCUUAAAUGGUUUCCCAUCAGCCCCACCUUUACAGGUUUCCGUAGAUCGGACGACUCGCUCCCUUCAGAAGGGGAGGUGUGUGAGGAGGGAACUUAUGAAAUAGAAGAGAACCUUCCCAGCACCAAGGUGUGA